GGGCGCCGCACUGACGUCGAGGGGCGGGACCCUCAUGGGGAAUGGGAGCCGCCAGAGAGUAAAAGCGGGAGGUGCAGAAGGCAGUCAUGACUCGCUGGGGACUCCUGUGGACCCGGCUGGGCCGGGGAAUGAGCCGAGCCGGCCCCGAGCCGCGGCCUCCUGGGAAGAGGUGGCUGGUGGCUGGUCUAGGCAACUACGGGUUCCAGGGCACACGGCACAGCGUGGGUAUGGCUGUGCUGAACCAGCUGGCCAAGCACCUGAAUGUAGCUGACCAGUGGAAGAGGCAGCGUCAGUGCUGUGCAGAUGUGGCCGUCGCCUGCCUUGGAGAGGCUGAGCUGGUGCUUCUCAAACCGCGCCAGUUUAUGAAUGUCAAUGGGCACAGUGUGGCCCAGGCUGCCAAGAUGUAUCAGCUGGCAGCCGAAGACAUCUACUUGGUGCAUGAUGAGCUGGACAAGCCACUGGGAAAACUAGCCAUGAAGCUGGGGGGCAGUGCAAGGGGUCACAAUGGGGUUCGAUCUUGCAUCAGCUGUCUCAACUCAAAUGUCAUGCCCCGGCUCCGAGUGGGCAUUGGGCGACCUACCCACCCAGGGGCUGUGGAGCAGUACGUGUUGGACAGGUUCACAGCAGCCGAGCAGGAACGGCUGCCCCAGGUUCUGGAGCAGGCCACGGAGCUGCUUCUGAGCCACAUCCACCAGCGGAGCCUGGCAGGGACCGCACAACCAAGCCCCUCCUGACGUAUGCACCACGCUGGCCACGACUCACGAAGGACUGUUCCCCAACGUGAGGGUGAGGACAGCCUCUCCUUGCCUUGUUGGGUAGCGCGCAGGGCAGAGCCUUGGCAUUCCAGCCCCACGGUCCAAGCUUGAGGUAACGUGCACCCAGCAAGAUGGGCCUGGGUUCUCCUGACCCACAUUGUUGUGCUCUUCCCACCCUCCCACAUGAGAUCUACCACACCUGUGUAAUCACUUAAUUUAUGAGCCAUUUAAUUACUCCUGUCCCUGCCCAAGAAAUAAAGGUUUCUCUUCCGAGAAUGAAGUUUGCUCUUCCUCCUCUGUUUCCUUCUCCAUAGGUUCUGAGUGCACAGAGGAGACAGAAGAGAGUUGUCUCUUCUUCAAGGUGAUAGCAGGCAAUGUCAAGUGUUUGAAAGAGUUUGGAAGGGAAACCUGAAAAAAAGACAAUUGGGGGAAAGAGCUGUCUGAGCUGCCUUCUCCUUUGUUCCGUCCUUUUCUGCCCUCCCCACUGCCACUGCCACAGACAGGGCUGUCUCCAUCGUUCCCUCCCCACCUUGGCACUUCAGGGGUGGUAAAUACCUUGAAAUUUCUGAGGCGAGUGGUUUGGGAGAGCAUUUGAAUGUCUUUAGGGUUGAAGGGGAUGUGGUCUGAUCGGAAUGUGGUGGUCAGGCCUGUCAGCUUGUAUGGCAUUCUGUUGCACAGCUGAUGGAUGGGCUUGAGGUUCUCAUACCUGAGAGGGCGACAAGUCAGGGCCGUGACUGCUAGCAAAGGAAGAGAGGCUGUAGUGGGGACAGCUCCUGCCCUCACCUGCCCUUUGGCAUCUUUUCACGGCCCUCGAGAAUCCCUCUCCAAUGAAGAUUUCCCAGCACCACUCCAUCCCCAAGUGAUCUCUUUUUAGACAAGGCUGACUUGUAGUGCAGUAGUUAUAACUAGGACUUGGAAUCAGGUGAUUAGGCUGGAUUUAGAUCCUGCUUCAGACACUUACUAGAUAUGUGACCAUAAGUAAGUCACUCAGUUUUUUAGGUCUCAGUUUCCUCUUUUGUAAAAUGGGGAUGAUAAUACUUAGACUACCCACCUCUGAAUUUUGGGCAAAUCUCAUCACAAAAUACGAAUUUGAAUUAAUAAUAAUGCUAUUAGUCAUUGCUCACUUGUCCUGCAGUGUCUUAAUGGGAAAUCGGGGAGUUUUUUGUUGGAUUUUGAUGAAUUCAUCCACAUGUGGCCCCAGGACUACAGCAUGGCUUAGCAUGGACAUCAGCUGUUUCAAUAUCUCCUUCUGCUCCAUCUGGAAGAGCACGUUAAACUGGCCAUCCUCAAAGCGCUCAGGUUGCAUCUAGGGGAAACAAGCAAGCAAGACAAAUGGUCAGACUUGUUUGCAUGCACGUGCAUGUGUGCACGUACACUCCAGUUGUGUUGUGUGGGGGUUAAUCAGACCCUGAAAUUAUUCAGCUCGUUUAAUGUAAGCCCAUUGACCACUCUGCCACCCUGGCCAAGGGGUAGCAGGCAGGAAGAGAAUAAAAGCCAGAGAGAAAGCAACUUGUCCAACAUGACAUAGCAGAACUAGGACUAGAACCCCAGAGUCCUGAUUCCCAGGUUGGACUUUCAAAAAAAAAAAAAAAAAAAACAAGCAAACACAUUUUUGGUAAAGAAGUCCUAUACUGGAAAGAAAAUUUGUAGUGAAUACUUUAUGAAGUGAAAAUUCCUAAAUUCAGAAAAGCACCUUGAUAUAGACAGAAUUAUUGUGCGAAAGGGUCUAGCCUAGAACAUCACUUUCUUUCUCUGAAGCUUAUAAACUUGACAUUUCCUCCAGGGAAUCCUGCCAAGGGACCAUGUUUACUGGAAAUGGAAGCUAUAGGGAACGUGGGCCCUUGCUUAUGUAAAGAUCUAUAUGCAUAGCCUAGGUGCCCCAAGUCUUCCCCACUGUGCUCAUCCUUGAUGGGGCUGUGUACAGUUCGUGAGCUGGUGAAGCAUUAGGAGCUGAUUUACUACUUUGCCAAAAAUAAAAAGCUUUAUUAUGAUGAACUUUCUAAAUAUCUGCAAAUAUGACAGUUCCCCAUAGGGGGAACAGAAAAAGAGGCUAGCAUAUGAAACUAUGAAACUACAGGUCUCCAAUAUGAGAAAAAAAUUUAUUUAAUUCAUGUUUCAGAUUUAACAUGUUUCACCUCUGCCAUAAUUUUCUGAAGUUCCUUUAAAUUUCCUUCUCUUAGUAUGUUUUUUUUAAGUUCCAUUGAUACUCUUUGUGUAUAAAAGCAUUCUCUUGUACAAAUAAGUACAAUCAAGCAAAACAUCUGUUGGUUAACUGUAUCAUCCUGAACCCUAGAACUGUGAAACAGAAUGUAACUGGGAAAUGUUUAAUAAAAUAAACAUACAAUAUGGCA